AACAGCAGUUGUCGUAAAACGUUUGCGACAGUCGGCAGAAACAUUAUUUACGUCACUGUCAUGGCGGCGUACGGAGGCAGUUUUGAAAGUACCAACAACAUCGAGGCUCGAAAAGAAUUUAAAAGGAGAGCUAGGGAGGAAGUUGUUCAAAAGGCCAAAGAGAAGUAUGAGCAGGAGGAGAGGCGCAAGGAGCUGAAGAGGGCUCGCGGCGAGGACACUUGGAUGCUCCCCGAUGUCGAUCACAGGCUGCAGCAACUGAAUGUGGAAACGACAGGGAAAAGCAAGAAGAAAAAAGAGAAGAAGGCCAAGAAGAGCAAAAAAGAGAAAAAGGAGAAGAAGAAAGCCAAGAAGGAGUGCAAGAAAGCAGCCCAGGAUGGAAGUGCAUCUGACAGCUCUGAGGCGUCUGCGGACGAGUGGGUGGAAGCUCAGCCGACAGGCCCGGAGAAAGCCUGGAAGAUCUCCAGCAGCAGUGAAGGCAAAUCCUCCGCCAGCACCCCCAGCAACCCAGCCGACAGUGAGCAGAGAGACGAGUGGAUGACCUUUGACUUCCUGGCCAUGAAGACCACGUCAAUAGCUGAACGCCGUGCGGAGAAAGAGCGUUUGAAGGAGGAAGAGAUGGAGAAAGCACGUGCCAUUGAGGAGGCUGGUCUUCACAAACUUGAACUUAAUCCUUACUGGAAGGAUGGAGGGAAGGGCCUGCCCCCGGAGGAGGGUGCUGGAACUGCACCUUCUAAAGCGAUGUUGGUUAAUGAUGGAGGCCUGAGCUGGCUUAGGAAGUCUUAUCAGCGAAUGAAGGAGCAGGCUGAGAGAGAGCAGCGCAGUCUGGAGGCAGUGGUGUCAGAGAGAUACGGGUCCAUGGAGGAGUUUCAGCAGAGGCUACAGGAGGCGGAAAAGCUGGCUUAUGGAGAGAGAUCAGGGGGUGGAGGAAGAGGAGGAAGAGGAAGAGGAGGAGGAGAGCGAGGGUGGGACAGAGAGAGGUGGAGGAGAGGCGUCCAUCAUUCGUCAAACAGCCGGGACAGAAGGUCGCCCCCUACAGACCAGGACAGGGACUGCAACCGGGAGAGGGACCGAGACGACGACUGGGGACGUGAUUGUGAUCGCGACCGAGAUGGAGACCGAGGCAGAGGGAGGGACAGGGACGGGAACUGGAGACGGGACAGAGAGAACGAUGGCGACCGAUCGGACAGAGGACGGGGGGAGGACAGGGCCUACCAGAGAGACUGGCGCAGAGACCGGGACAGAGACCGAGAGGACGGCAGGAUGGACAGGGGCCGGGACGACCACAGGAGGGACCGAGACGAACAGGCAGGUAGGAGCACCGACCGAGACAGAAGACCCCGGGACGACCCAGCAAGACCCCGACCCGACGUCUCCCGACCCCAGCAAGACACCCCUCGGCCCGGCCGUGACCAGGGCGCAGCCUCCCUUAAGGCCCGGUUCCUGAAGCCCUCAGACCCAGAUGAGGACGAGGCAGGCAGGUCCAGCUGGGGCAAGAGGCCCUCGGCCUCGAAGGCUUCCUCUGGCUUUAUGAAGCCCAGUGACGACGAUGAUGACGGUGCGGCCAGCGCCCCAGCCUGGAGGAAAAACACCACGCAACCCAACCCUUCACAGGGGAAACAGGAAGUGGAGAGGGGCGUCACAGCAGAGAGGAGGCCACAGACUGACCCUAUGGCUCAAACAUCUGGCUCAGCACUGGUAGAAAAAAGUCAAGACAAGAAACCAUCAGAGAGCCCACCAAGUUCCCAGAGUGAGGAAGAGGAGGAGGAGGAGGAGGAGGAAGAUGCCCCCAUCUUGACUGAUGAGGAGAUGAACAAGCUGGGAGCCAAACUAGUCAAGGCAGAAUUAAUGGGAAACACGGCCCUGGCUGACAAAAUCAAAGCACAGCUGGAAGCGGCCCGUGAAGCCAAGGAGAGGCGAGCUCAGAGGCCAUCAGGACUGCAGGCAGGAAAAGCCCAGGUAUCUGGUGGAUCUCAGGAACCCGAGGAAGUGGUUCUGUUCCGGACCGACCACUCAGGUCGUGCCUGGCCUGUUAACGCUCCCUCAGAAUCCCUGGAGCCUAGAGAAGGGCGCAGGAAGAAGAAAGCGAUUGAGACACACCGUGAUGGAGAGCGUGUGCGUUAUUUCCAUGACGAUGACGGUAUGGACCUGCAGGAGAUGGUGAGGAGGGAGAAGAUGAGCUCGGCGGAGGAUCAGAAUGCUCUCUACUCGCGCAUGGCCGCCAAGAUGAUGGGCAAGCAGGACGGUGACAACUACACGCUGGACGACAUGUUUGUGUCGAGCGCGGCACAGCGGGAGCGUUCGGGCGUGGACGAGGAUCGGCAGCGCAGCAAGGCCAUCCACGAGCACCGGCGGCUCGCCGCCCGCAUGGACAAGUGCCCCUACUGCUUCGACAACCCCGAGCUGCCCAAACACCUCAUCGUUGCCAUCGGGGCUAAGGUGUACUUGUGUCUGCCCAACAUGCUGUCCCUGACAGAGGGCCACUGCAUCAUCGCCCCCCUGCAGCACCACUGUGCAGCCACUGGUCUGGAUGAGGACGUGUGGACCGAGAUGCAGAUGUUUAGACGCGCACUGGUGAAGAUGUUUGAGGACCAGGACCAGGACUGUGUGUUCAUGGAGACACACAUGAGCCUGAAGAGACGGAUGCACAUGGUGUACGAGUGUGUUCCCCUGCCUAAAGAACUGGGGGACAUGGCCCCCAUAUACUUCAAGAAAGCCAUCAUGGAGUCUGACGAGGAGUGGGCCAUGAACAAAAAGGUGGUGGACCUGUCGCAGAAGAACAUCCGACAGGCCGUCCCCAAAGGCCUCCCGUACUUCUCUGUGGACUUUGGUCUCCAGGGCGGCUUCGCUCACGUCAUUGAGAAUGAGCAGAAGUUCCCUCACUACUUCGGAAAGGAAAUUCUGGGGGGGAUGAUGGACCUGGAGCCCCGUCGCUGGAGAAAACCCAUCCGGGAGAACUUUGAUGACCAGCGCAAGAAAGUGCUGCAGUUCGCCCAGUGGUGGAAGCCCUUCGACUGCACCAAGACCGAGUGACCGAGGUCAUCCAGGCACUUAAGUGUGAGGAUCCAUACAAGAGACGAUGUAUGGGGUUUUAUUGGACAGCAGGACUUUUAAGACAAGCAAGGGAUGUUAUUUGUCAGGACUAUUUGGCCUCUCCUAAAGAGAGGACAUUGCAGAUAGGCCCAAGAACGAGGCCCCUCUCUUUGUCUUGUGUUAAUGUGUCAGUAUAGAGAUUUCACAUUUAAAGAUUCUCUUCAGCCAACGUGACAUAAAACAAUAAAAGAUGUCAUUUUAA